AUGGCUGAUUCUACUACCAAACUCUGUUUGGUCUCUGUUUUCAUGCUCUUCGUGCUUCUCUCGUCUUUCGACUUGCAGGGUGUAGCAGCAGAAAAUCUUACCAAACAGAAACUAAACUCGAAGAUACUUCAGGAUGAGAUUGUGAAGAAAGUCAACGAACAUCCAGACGCUGGAUGGAAAGCUGCUAUCAAUGAUCGAUUCUCAAACGCAACCGUUGCAGAGUUUAAGCGUCUUCUUGGGGUUAAACCAACACCAAAGAAGCAUUUCUUAGGUGUUCCUGUUGUAAGCCAUGAUCGAUCUUUGAAGUUACCUAAAGCAUUCGAUGCUAGAACCGCUUGGCCACAGUGCACUAGUAUUGGCAACAUCUUAGAUCAGGUAAAAGGUCAUUGUGGUUCUUGUUGGGCGUUUGGUGCUGUUGAAUCACUAUCUGACAGAUUCUGUAUCCAAUUUGGAAUGAACAUUACUUUAUCAGUGAAUGAUCUAUUAGCAUGUUGUGGAUUCCGUUGUGGAGACGGUUGUGACGGUGGCUACCCAGUUGCUGCUUGGCAAUACUUUUCAUACAGUGGUGUUGUCACUGAAGAGUGUGAUCCAUACUUUGAUAAUACCGGAUGCUCUCACCCGGGAUGUGAACCGGCCUAUCCAACACCGAAAUGUAUGCGAAAAUGCGUUAGUGGAAACCAGUUAUGGGGUCAAUCGAAACAUUUCAGUGUUAGCACAUACACUGUUAAAUCUGAUCCUGAAGACAUUAUGGCAGAGAUUUAUAAGAAUGGACCUGUUGAAGUCUCUUUUACAGUUUAUGAGGAUUUUGCUCAUUACAAAUCUGGAGUGUAUAAGCAUAUAACAGGUUCUAACAUUGGAGGCCAUGCUGUUAAACUUAUUGGUUGGGGAACUACUGAUGGAGGAGAAGAUUAUUGGCUGUUGGCAAACCAAUGGAACAGGAGCUGGGGUGAUGAUGGUUAUUUCAUGAUUAGGAGAGGAACGAAUGAGUGUGGAAUUGAAGAUGAACCGGUGGGUGGUUUGCCUUCGAGCAAGAAUGUGUUUAAGGUUACUACCGGUUCUGAUAAAAUGUCGGUUACAUCGGUUUAA